UACUUUGUUCAUUCUCUCACAAAACAUCCAUGGCUUCACUGAGGUUAGUGAGCUUCAAAGCACUAUACAGGUCGUCUUCAUCACUCUGCAAUCUCACACAUUCACCGUCCUUCGCAGUCCGUGCUUUCUCCGCCAUCUUCUCGCCAUCCUCCACUGCCAUCGUUUAUACUCAGCACGGCCCUCCAGAUUCCGUCACCAGAAUCAUAGAACUUGCACCAGUUCAGCUCAAGGAAAAUGAUGUCUGCGUGAAAAUGAUCGCCGCUCCAAUAAAUCCUUCUGAUAUCAAUAGGAUAGAAGGUGUUUACCCUGUAAGGCCAGAUGUUCCAGCAGUAGGAGGUUAUGAAGGGGUUGGAGAGGUGCACUGUUUAGGUUCUGCAGUCAAAGGCCUUUCUCCUGGCGAUAUGGUCAUCCCAUCUCCACCUUCUUCUGGGACAUGGCAAACAUAUGUUGUCAAAGAUCAAAGCAUGUGGCACAAAAUUGAUAAAGAUACACCCAUUGAAUAUGCUGCAACAAUAACUAUAAAUCCCCUAACUGCAUUAAGGAUGCUUCAGGAUUUUACCAAUCUGAAAUCAGGAGAUUCUAUUGUACAAAAUGGAGCUACAAGCAUUGUGGGGCAAUGUGUCAUUCAAAUUGCUCGUAUCCAAGGAAUUCAUAGUGUCAAUAUUAUAAGGGACAGGGCUGGGUCUGAUGUAGUUAAAGAGAAACUAAAGAAACUCGGAGCUAAUGCUGUGUUCACUGAGAGUGAACUGGAUGUAAAGAAUGUUAAAGCUCUCUUGAAUAACAUACCUGAACCUGCUCUUGGAUUCAACUGUGUAGGAGGUACUGCAGCUAGUUUGGUCCUUAAAUUCUUGAGGCAGGAAGGCACGAUGGUUACAUAUGGUGGAAUGUCAAAGAAGCCAAUAACUGUAUCAACCUCAUCCUUUAUUUUCAAGGAUCUUUCCUUGAGGGGAUUCUGGUUACAGAAAUGGAUGACCUCCGAUAAAUCAAUGGAGUGCAGACCAAUGAUAGACUACCUUCUAGGCCUAACAAGGGAGGGAAAAUUGAGCUACGAGAUGGAAUUGGUUCCUUUCAGCGAUUUCUCCACUGCAUUAGAGAAGGCGCUUGGAAAACAUGGAAGUCAGCCUAAGCAAGUAAUGAAAUUCUAAUGAAUACAUUCAGUUCUGCCCAAACAAAAAAGUUUUACAAAAAAGAAAGGAAAAAGGGUUUGUUGACUCUUUGGAAUUAGAAUCUGUUUGAUGAAGUACUAUAACAGAAUUCUAUUAUUGUGCCCUUGGUUUACAUGCUUUAAU